CCACAAGACUCAACUGGGCUGCACGAGGGUGGUGGCUAAUCAAGAGGAGUUUCGGUCAACUGCCACCUGGCCACGGCGACAAGAACCCUCAGAUUCGCUGCUACCCUGAGGUGCUUGCCAUGCCUCACAUCGACAACGACGUCAAACUGGACUUCAAGGAUGUCCUGUUGAGGCCCAAACGCAGUACCCUUAAGUCUCGAAGUGAGGUGGAUCUCACAAGAUCCUUUUCAUUUCGGAACUCAAAGCAGAUGUACUCUGGGAUCCCCAUCAUUGCAGCCAAUAUGGAUACCGUAGGCACCUUUGAGAUGGCCAAGGUUCUCUGUAAGUUCUCCCUCUUCACUGCUGUCCACAAACACUACAGCCUCGAGCAGUGGAAAGAGUUUGCUAGCUGGAAUCCUGACUGUCUUGAGCAUCUGGCUGCCAGCUCAGGCACAGGCUCUGCUGACUUCGAGCAGCUGGGACAGAUCCUGGACGCUAUUCCCCAGGUGAAAUAUAUAUGCCUGGACGUGGCCAAUGGCUACUCUGAACACUUUGUUGAAUUUGUAAAGGAUGUGCGGAAGCGCUUCCCUGAACACACCAUCAUGGCAGGGAAUGUGGUAACAGGAGAGAUGGUGGAAGAGCUGAUUCUCUCUGGGGCUGACAUCAUCAAAGUGGGAAUUGGACCAGGUAAGCUGGUUCACCGGGGCCACUGGCCACCGCUUCAGUGGCAGACACCUGCGGAGAACUUCCCUCUCAUCCUUGUCACGUUCUUCUUAGGCUCCGUGUGUACCACCCGGAAGAAGACCGGAGUGGGGUAUCCACAGCUGAGCGCAGUGAUGGAGUGCGCAGAUGCUGCCCAUGGCCUCAAAGGCCACAUCAUUUCCGAUGGAGGUUGCAACUGUCCCGGGGAUGUGGCCAAGGCUUUCGGGGCAGGAGCUGACUUCGUGAUGCUGGGCGGCAUGCUGGCUGGGCACAGCGAGUCAGGUGGUGAGCUCAUCGAGAGGGAUGGCAAGAAGUACAAGCUCUUCUAUGGCAUGAGUUCUGAAAUGGCCAUGAAGAAGUAUGCCGGGGGCGUGGCUGAGUACAGGGCCUCAGAGGGAAAGACAGUGGAGGUGCCCUUUAAAGGGAAUGUGGAACAUACCAUCCGAGACAUUCUUGGAGGCAUCCGCUCCACCUGUACCUACGUGGGAGCAGCUAAGCUGAAGGAGCUGAGCCGGAGAACUACCUUCAUCCGUGUCACCCAGCAGAAUGGGAGAGGGCGCCCGCCUUUAAAAAAUAAAAUUAAGCGGUUGGAUUUGCUCCUCGCCAUGUCUUCUCACAAGACUUUCAGGAUCAAGCGAUUCCUGGCCAAGAAACAAAAGCAGAAUCGUCCCAUUCCCCAAUGGAUUCGAAUGAAAACUGGUAAUAAAAUCAGGUACAACUCUAAGAGAAGACAUUGGAGAAGAACCAAGCUGGGUCUAUAACGAGCCUCACAAAUGAAGUGGCACACAUUAUCAGAACAUCACUAGUGUCUGGAACAGCUGCCUGUGUUUGAUGCUCUCUCCUCUUGAUCUUUCCUCACCACUGCUCACUGUGUAGCUCAGUAAUAAACAUGUGAACCUUUUGUUGGAAAAAAUUUAAAAAUAAAAUAAAAUUCAAAGUUUGAAAAGAUACAUCAGAUUGUUAAUCUGGUUUUUUUCUAGAUGGUGAGACUGCAGGAAAUUUUUGUACUUUUCUGUGUUUGAUAUGUUUUUUUUAAUCGUGUAGUUCUAAAAUAAAUAAAAUAGAUUUCCUUUUUCGAAUUUCUGUUGUGCGCUUACUCCAGUCAGCCCCCUAAUAUAGUUGACCAUUUUACUUGUCUUUCUCCUGUCACCGUUCCUAGUGUCUCUCCUUAUUUCCAUUGCCAGGG